GGAGGCGUCCAGUCCAAGCUGUUUGACACAGCUUUAAAUAGUGUGAGCGAGCUUUUUCUAACUCCCCCACAGCUCCACUCUGUCGGGAGUUUCCUCUAAAAGGACCCAUUGGGCGUGUCGGCGGAAUAACUGCUGUUGCGCUGCUUGCCAGCUUCAGUGCGCUGAGAGAGAGGCGGAGAGACGCAACCAGCCAGGGAUAUUACUGGAAAUCCGUGUCUUAGACAGAGCCGCUAUUGUGAGCCUUAUUAUCACACGGGGAGAGUCCUCCGUUAUAUUGGACUGUAUGCGGGUUAGUGGUAUACUGCGCCGAAGAGAAGGUGCCAGGUGAAUGGUGUAUUGGAGUUAUUGAAAGCAGCUUUUUCUUGAUUUGGAGAAUACGGGAAUUGUUCGUGUUUUUUGCUGAAAAGGGCUGGUGGGGGUGCGGCUGACUCUUCAGCGCUGUGGUUUUUGGGCGCACGGGGAUUUCUGCAGUCAUGCAGGCAAGCUGCCGACUUCUGCUGCUGGGUAUUUGCAUUGUCGCAGCCUGGGAUCAGGUGGCGUGUUCAAAUUCUUCAGGUAGAAAUGAGUGUGCUGAUCCCGUAGCCGUGUGUCCUGAAAAUUCAACGUGCUUCGAUACACUGGAGAGUUUCUACUGUCAGUGCGUGCCAGGGUACAGAUCAACAGGGAAACACAAUUUUACAGAUACAGAUAAAGACACAUUCUGUAAAGAAAUAAAUGAGUGUAGAGAUAACAGCACCCUCUGUGGCCAGAACGCUUGGUGUCAAAACACAAUUGGAAACUACAGCUGCUCCUGCAAGGCAGGCUUCAGGUCCAGUUCUGGGCAGGAGAACUUCAUGGCCGGACAAAGCAACUGUACAGAUAUAAAUGAGUGUGAAGAGAACAGCGCCCUCUGUGGCCGGAAUGCUUGGUGUCGGAACACAAUUGGAAGCUACAGCUGCUCCUGCAAGGCAGGCUUCAGGUCCAGUUCUGGGCAGGAGAACUUCACGGCCGGACAAAGCAACUGUACAGAUACCGAUGAGUGUGUGUCUGCUUGUGGUCAGAAUGGAACCUGCAUUAACACUGAAGGCAGCUUCAAUUGUACCUGUUUCCAAGGGUUCAGUUACCGUAAGAACGUAAGCAUGUGUGAAGACAUUGACGAGUGCUCAGAAACACCCCAUAUCUGUUCUCCUGUUAAUUGUACCAACAAGAUGGGGGGCUACCAGUGCCUGUGCGAAACUGGAACCUUCCCCAGUACUGGAAUCAAAUGGGUCCCCAAUUUCUCAAAGUGCAUUGAGCUGAGUUGUUCUGAAGGCCCUGCUGAAAAUGAGUCAUCAGCUCCCUUGGGAAAAAUCCAGAGAAUACUGAGAGAAACGUGUUUACAGCAAAGUGACCAGGGAUCCCCUGAUGGCAAACAAUUUUUACAGGAUCUUCUCAGGAUCACUGACCUGCUGCUCGCUGGUCCUCUGCACAAGGCCAAGAUCUCCAAGUUCUUUCAGAUUGUGGAGGACGCGGUCAUGAGGGCCGCGUUGUUGCUGGAUAAAGAACAAACCCAAAUAAACGGAACAGCGUUAGGAGUAGAGAUCCGGCUUUCCCGCUUCACUGCGUCACCCCAAGGUCCAGUCACCCUGGGGUCAGGAAACGUGACUCUGAGCACUGACUGGAGCACAGUGGCAGGGGAGAACAGCUCAGGCUUUGCCGCGUCCGCUCUCAUCUCCUAUUACAACCUGGAGAAAUCCCUGAACCACUCCUUCGAUGAAGACGCCCUGGCGCGAGAGAACCACACCCUCACCUCCGUGCAGCUCAACUCCAAGGUCGUGAGCGCAGCAAUCAGCAACGCCGUGCCAGAGCGGCUCUCCAUCCCUGUGGACUUCACCUUCUCACACCUGCAGCUGAACGACAGCAGCCACGCAGCCGUGUGUGUUUACUGGAAGAACGACAGCUCUGGAGGCUCCUGGUCCAAAGACGGCUGUGAAACUGUCGGUGCCAAUCGGACCCACACCGUUUGCCGCUGCUACCACCUGAGCAGCUUCGCCGUGCUCAUGGCUCUGUACGAGAUCCAGGACACAUUUGAGCUGCAGCUGAUCACCUGGGUGGGGCUGGGUCUGUCUCUGAUCUGCCUGAUCCUCAGCAUCCUGACCUUCAGCUGCUGCCGCUCUGUCAAGGGAACUCGCAGCACCAUUCACCUGCACCUGUGCAUCAGCCUCUUCAUAGCAGACCUGGUUUUCCUGGCAGGAAUCAGCAGCACCAGCAACAAGGGGGGCUGUGCUCUGGUUGCUGGCCUGCUUCACUUCUUCUUCCUGGCUGUGUUCACCUGGAUGUGUCUGGAGGGGAUCCAGCUGUACCGCAUGGUGGUGACGGUGUUCAACGCCACGCUGCCCCGACGCUACAUGUUCUUGUUCGGCUACGGCAUCCCUGCGCUCAUCGUGGGCAUCUCUGCGGCAGCAAACAGACAGGGAUACGGCACAGAGCGCUACUGCUGGCUAUCUCUUGAUAAUGGUUUCAUAUGGAGCUUCUUUGGCCCAGUCUGUGUGAUUAUACUGUUUAACAUCUUGUUUUUCGUGAUCACGAUUUGGAAACUAGCUGAGAAGUUCAGCAGUGUGAACCCUGACCUGUCGACCCUGAAGAAAAUCCAGGUGUUCACCAGCACUGCAGUGGCUCAGCUCUGUAUCCUGGGUCUCAUGUGGAUAUUUGGCUGCUUCCAGUUUGACUCGCGCAGCCUCGCCAUGUCCUACAUCUUCACUGUGCUCAACAGCUUCCAGGGAGUCUUCAUCUUCAUCAUGCACUGCCUGCUCUGCAAACAGGUCCGGGAUGACUACAGGAACCUGCUCUCCACUGUGUGCAGCUCCAAGAAGUACUCUGAGUUCAGCAGCACCAGCCAGUCUGCCAGCUCACAGGGGAUGAAGAGCCAGCAAGACACGGGGGAGUCCCAGAUGUAGAGGCUUCAGUUCCUGAGACGACUGUCUGCUGCUUCGCUCUGCUGUGAACACAAGAGGGCGCUAAAGCCACCUCUUUACAGAUGCUGCUGGGAUUACCCAAGGACGCUUUCCUGUCGCUGCUGACGCCCCUGGCCCCUAGGGGGCAACCUCGUCUCUCCUCUUGUCAUUUGGAAUGCUGUGAUGCUGGAUUCGACCAGGACUGGAGAUUGAAGCUGGUUUGCUUCCACAGGACUGGUUUAUCAUGGAUUCGUGGGGCUGCAGCAGAUUCGCACACACAGUUGCUUGACUCCGCUGUUUGUGUACUUUUUUUUUUUUUAAAAGGGGAAGAGAAAAAAAAAACCCCAAAAGCUUUGCACAUUUUUUUCUGGUUAUUACUUUUUAUAUUUUUACACUUCCAUAAAAAGCUAUGUUUUUCAGAGCUGUAUUAUACAUUCAUUUUUUUAUUUUUUUAAAUUUUAUAUAACACAGUGUUCUUAUGCUUCAGUUUGCUGUGGCUGCGAGGGCCUGUCUGAGUGACUGUGUGAAGCUGGUAAAGUUAAACUGGAUCCACCCUACAGUGUGUUCCACAGACAGCAGCUUUAUCCUACUAGAAUAAUGAAUUAUUCACAUGGUACUGAAUGGACUGGACCGGACUCUGUACAAGGUAGUUCAUGUGUUCUCUUUGCAGGUGACACCGGAAUCUCAAGCUGUGUAUUAGUCCUAAAAAUAGACUUUCUUUGACCUUCUUUCAUUUCAGUAAUUAGGGCCGUAUAUUUCAAACACAGCAACAUAGAAACGCGCUGCUGCGUCCCAACACCUAACCACUUCCUUUGCUGUAGGUCAGGUACACUCCAGCGGUCGAAAUGAAAUCGGAGCAUGUGUGAAUAAGUACCAGGAUGUUGCUGAUUAUAGAUAUUUUUUUACGUGCUGUUUAGCGUUUUACAGAAAUCCUGCAUUGCCCGAAAUUAGAAAUAAAGAGAUAAGCUCAGAAGCAAAGAUUCGAAUGUGAUGCUCAUGCUGAUAGAAAGCUGGAUUGGAAAGCCUGGGUGCACAUCUUUUAGAGUAAAGGAAAGGAGGAAGCGUACUGUUUGCCUGGAAGAGUGAUACUCUUUGACCCACAGUACAGAUUCCAUGCCUUAGAUUAUCAUUACAGGACACUUCCACAGGGCUCAGCGUCAAUUAAAACAUUCUCUCCUCUGCUUGGAUAUCGUUAAGAGAAUGUGUUCUAACAGUAUUAACAAAAGCUUUGUAAAUGUGGAAUUAAUUAAAAAAUAAGGGGGCUCCCGAGUGGCGCAUCCAGUAAAGGCGCUCCACGUGGAGUGCAGGAUGCGCUCUAUAGUCAGGAUGUCGCGAGUUCGAAUCCAGGCUAUUCCUUUUGCCGACCGUGGACGGGAGCUCCCAGGGGGCGGUGCACAAUUGGCCGAGCGCCCUGGAGUGGCGGGUGGGCUUAGGUUGGCCAGGGUAUCCUUGGCUCACCGCGCACCAGCGACCCCUGUAGUCUGGCCGGGCGCCUGCCUGUAAGCUGCCCAGAGCUGCGUUGUCCUCCGACGCUGUAGCUCUGAGGCGGCUGCACGGCGAGUCCGCAGUGUGAAAAAAAGCGGUCAGCUGACGGCACACGCUUCGGAGGACAGUGUGUGUUCGCCUUCACCCUCCCGAGUCAGCGCAGGGGUGGUAGCGGUGAGCUGAGCUUAAAAAAUAAUUGGUUAAUUAUUGGUUAACUUGCAGUGUACAGACAACAGAUGUUAAUACUUUUUCACAAGGAUGAUUCUUGAACGUUUGGUUAUGACGUUCUGUUUAUUUAAAAUGUUUUCAGAUUGUAUAGGUGCUGUUAAGCUUGUUAAUAUGAUUUUUUUUUAAAUGUUUUAAUACGUGCUUGUAAGAUAUGCGCGUGUGAAUAAAAAAUAAAAACCCCUAAAUGUUCGUGAUUGUGUU